AGAGAAGCCAGCCACGGACUGAGGGCUGCCCAGCAGAACAUGGACCCCCGUGAAGAUCUGGAGAUGCCCGGCGGGGAGUCUCCUGACCCCAGGCGACUAGAGGCCGAUGAAGAGGCUCUAGGUGGAGAAUCGGAGAUGUGGCGCCCCAGGUUCCAGCUGCAGAGGAAAUACGUGGAGAGCAGCAACAGUGAACAGCAAGAUCGAAACAGAGUUUCUGAAGAACUUAUAAUGGUUGUCCAAGAAAUGAAGAAAUAUUUCCCAUCAGAGAGACACAGUAAGCCAAGCACUCUAGAUGCCCUCAACUAUGCCCUUCGCUGUGUACACAGUGUGCAAGCAAACAGUGAGUUUUUCCAGAUUCUCAGUCAAAGCGGAGCACCUCAGGCAGAUGUGACCAUGUACAGUCUUGAGGAGCUGGCCACUAUUGCUUCAGAACACACUUCCAAAAACACAGAUACCUUUGUGGCAGUGUUUUCAUUUCUGUCUGGAAGGUUAGUGCACAUUUCUGAACAGGCUACUGUGAUCCUGAAUUAUAAGAAAGAUUGCUUGGAGUCCUCUCAGUUUGUUGACCUGCUUGCCCCUCAAGACGUGCGGGUGUUCUACAUGCACACUGCCCGAGCUCAGCUUCCCUUUUGGAACAACUGGACCCAAAGAGCAGCGUCGCAGUACGACUGUGCUCCUGUGAAAUCCUUCUUCUGCAGGAUCCGUGGAGGAGAAGGCAGAAGAGAGCAAGAGAAAUAUUACUCCCCAUUCCGGAUUAUUCCCUACUUGAUUCAUGUACGUGGCUCUGCCCACCCAGAGCCGGAACCUUGCUGUCUCACGCUGGCGGAAAAGAUUCACUCUGGUUACGAAGCUCCUAGAAUCCCAGUGGAUAAAAGAAUUUUUACCACAACACACACCCCAGGGUGUGUUUUUCUUGAAGUAGAUGAAAGAGCGGUGCCUUUGCUGGGUUAUCUACCUCAGGACCUGAUCGGAACAUCGAUCUUAACAUACUUGCACCCAGAAGAUCGUUCUCUGAUGGUUGCCAUACACCAAAAAGUCUUGAAGUAUGCAGGCCAUCCUCCCUUUGAACAUUCUCCCAUUAGAUUUUGUACUCAAAAUGGAGAUUACAUCAUACUGGAUUCCAGUUGGUCCAGCUUUGUGAACCCUUGGAGCCGGAAGGUUUCUUUCAUCAUUGGUCGGCAUAAAGUUCAAACGAGUCCACUAAAUGAGGAUGUUUUUGCUACCAGAAUAAAAAAGAUGAACAGUAAUGACAAAGACAUAACAGAAUUACAACAACAAAUUCACAAACUUCUCUUGCAGCCCGUGCACGCGAGCGCUUCCAGCGGCUACGGCAGCCUGGGAAGCAGCGGCUCACAGGAGCAGCUCGUCAGCGCCGCGUCCUCCAGCGAGGCCAGCGGGCGCUGCGUGGAGGAGACGCACAGGGAGCCGAUGACCUUGCAGCAGGUCUAUGCCAGUGUAAACAAAAUUAAGAAUCUGGGUCAGCAGCUCUACAUUGAGUCAAUGACCAAAUCGUCAGUCAAGCCAGCGAUGGGGACACACACAGAACCUCUUGGUGGUGGUGAGUCAGCUAAUGGGCAAGAUGAGCAGAAGGCCUUUUCUUCUUUCCAGACAUUGAAAAAUAAUAGCCUAUGUACUGAGUCUUGUGAGGAUUUGAGGAAAGAUGAGCACAGCCCAUCCUAUCAACAGAUAAACUGUAUUGAUAGUGUUAUCAGAUACCUGAAGAGCUACAACAUUCCAGCUUUGAAAAGAAAGUGUAUAUCCUGUGCAAACACAACUUCUUCAUCCUCAGAAGAUGACAAACAGAACCUCAAGGCAGAUGAUGUCCAAGCAUUGCAAGCUGUCUCUCAGAUCCCAGCCAUACCUAAGUCAGAAAUGCCAACAAAUGAGUGGUCCACAGACGCUGAAGGAGGAGCUGCCCGGACCUUGUCCACCGCGGCGCUGGGCCUGGGCUCGGACGUGAGCCAGUGCAGUUACAGCAGCACCAUUGUCCACGUCGCACCCACGGAGCCAGCAGAGGAUGCUACCCUAGCGUGUGAGCCCUGGACCCUAAACACACAGCCGGUUCCUUUCACCCUGGAAGAAUUCAGAAGUGUAGGGCUCACAAAGGCUGUUCUGUCAGCCCACACACAGAAGGAAGAACAGAACUAUGUCGACAAAUUCCGGGAAAAGAUCCUGUCGUCACCCUACAGCUCCUAUCUUCAGCAAGAAAGCAGAAGCAAAGCUAAAUAUUCGUAUGUUCAAGGAGAUUCUACUUGCAAGCAGACAAGGUCAGCUGGUUGCAGGAAAGGGAAGCACAAACGCAAGAAGCUGCCUGUGCUGUUGGAUGGCAGCUCUGAAGCUGGCUCCAGUUCCCGUGCCAGGGGCGCACUUGGACACACGCAGCCCUGGUGCUCUUCCACUGCCUCCUGUCCCCAUGCCUCGGGCCCGGCACUCCCGUCUGCUGUGAUGAUUCCCAGCCAGGCCCCCUACCUCAUCCCAGCUUUCCCCCCCCCAGCCAUGGCCUCUCUGGGAAGAGAAUGUGCAGCGUCAGGAACUGCCCUGGAGCGUCUGCCUGAGCCGCCCUCCAGUGGCUUGCUGUCUCUUCCAGCACUCCCUUCUCCUCACUUGGACACUUUUAUGACCAUUUUCCUGCCUGAACCCCCCGUCUGUCCUCUGUUGUCAUCAUCACUCUUUCCAUAUCCAUUCUUGGGAGCAGCAGGCUUUUCUGAAAUAGCACCCUCAAUAUCAGCAGCGGCUCCAAACCUGGAGCCACCACCUGCAGUCACCGGCCCCAGGGGAGCUGAGGAAGAGUGGGAGACUCACAGUGGCGAGCACCCGUGCAUUAACUCAAGGGACAGCUCACCGUUGCAGCUGGACUUACUUCAGGAGGAGAUGCCCAGAUCUUCUGAAUUCUCAGAUCACGUGAAACGAGAUGUUUGCCCAGAAGCUGAGUAUCAACGUGUUACACACAAGAGCGGGAAUAAGCGUUCUGCUGCCAGGGAGCUGUCCAUGUUGUUACCGCACAGGGAGUCUCCACCUGGAGCUGGUUCUGCAGCGUCAGGUAGUGGGGUUAAAGAAGAAGUACUAAAAGAAGACCUAGAAAAGCUAGAAAGCAUGAGGCAGCAACAGCCCCACUUUUCUCAAGGGCAAAAGGAGGAGCUGGCCAAGGUGUAUUCUUGGGUUCAAAGGCAGACUGUCCCUCAAGAAAUAGACAUCCAAGGCUGUGUCACUUGUGAAGACAAAGAUUCGGUUGAUGAUGCCACCUGCGGUCAGAAUCUAGCAGAAGACAGCAGUUGAGUGACCGUGAAGAUGUACCCUCAUACCCUUUCCGAGACGUGUUGGACAAAUAGC